AUGGGUAGAUGCCCGACAAGAAAAGUGAAGAAGAGGCGUUUGUCUCACAAAACAGCUCGUCGAGACAAAUUCGAAGUCAAAGGCGACGAUUUGGUUUACACGGAGUUGCGGAAACCAGAGACGGAGAAGAAGCCUUUGCAGCUUGAUGAGGAUUUGCCUGGAAUGGGUCAAUUCUACUGCUUGCACUGCGAUCGGUACUUCUCCAAUGUGUCGGUGCGGGAUGAUCAUUUCAAGACUAAAAAGCAUAAGAAGCGUGUGAAGAUAAUGAAUGGACAGGCGCCACACACACAACUCGAUGCAGAUUUAGCUGCUGGAAUGGGAAUGCCGGACAAUGGUCCAAAGCUGAUGGCUGCAUGA